UGACCAUUUUCGAAAAUCCACCCAUUGCAUAAAAUCAGAAAACAGACACAUCCGAGUCACGUGGCUUGACCUCCACCGGUGGAGGUGCACGAUUUCCAGCGCCAACGAAGAUGCUGUCAACAACAUUCUUCACCAUAAGAUGCGGCCAGACGGACGAACGAACUACGAACUCCGCCCCAUGCGUGUGGCAAUCGGCGAGCUCGACCGCGCCGAUGGCUCGGGGAGGUUUGAAUUCGGUCCCGCCGCCGCCCUCGCCUCCUUCACCGGACCUAUCGAGGUGCGAAUUCGCGACGAGCGCGUAGACGCGGCCACGCUCGAGGUCAUCCACCGCCCCCUCGACGGUAUUGGCGCCACGCCCUCCCGCGCGCUGGAAGACGCCCUCCGCGCCUCCUUCGCCCCCAUUCUCACGCUGAACCGCUUCCCCCGCUCGCUCGUCCAGCUCGUCGUCCAGAGCCUGACUCCCGCCGCACCCCAAGCCUCGUCGUCCCCACCAUGGAUCGGAGAGAAAACGACAUCUUGGCCCCCAUCAACCUUCCCUCCACCACAGGGGACGCCGACCCUCUCCGGCGGCAUGGUGCCGCGCGCGGCCGCGUUCAACGCCGCCUCUCUGGCUGCGAUGCACGCCGGGUCUGUUGGCAUGCGCGCAGUGCCUCUCGCCGUCGGCGUUGCUCUCGUGGACGGCGAGUAUGUGUUGGACCCCAGUGCGGAGGAGGAGGCUGCGGCCGAUGCGCGCUUCGGCUUCGGUUGGGCGUUUGGUACUGGUAUCUCGAGUGCCAAGGAUAGGAUGGAGGACGAGGCUGAGGAGGUCGAGAGCGUCUGGAUUGAGGCUGAGGGGACGUUCACACGGCAGCAGGUGGGUGAUCAGGAGCCGCUGCGCUGACUUCAGUUUGACGAGGCGCGUGCGCUAGGGCUCCGUGGAGCCAGGGAGGUAUUUGCGUUCGUGCAGGGCGAGUUUGAGACGUUCUUCGAGCGGCAAGUGUAGAUUAUGCAUGUGCAUCUAGAGUG